AUGCAUUUCGCCGCCGCUCUUUCGUCGCUCGUCCUAGCUGCCACAGCUGUUACCGCCACUCCGGCUAGUCAUGGAGGUUGGGGUCCAUGGGGUGGUAAGCCUCCCGGCAAUGGAGGUCCUGCUGGAAACGGUGGCUACUGCGGCCUGAGCUCUGCCAACGUCAACGACCUCAUCACUGGGUACACCUACAUCCUUGUGCACCCUGGUGGACCAGACUUCAACGCGACCGCCAACCGCAUCUUGACAGAUGACUUCUCGGUCUAUUCCGACAGCAUCAACUCUCUAGCCGGCCGUGCACUCGGCGGACCGUCGUUCCAACCAGGAAGACAAGCAUUCAUCAACUCGCAGUACCUCACCCCACCCAUUCCUCAGCUGGACACGCUGGACUACUUCGUUGGUGGCGACUGCAGCAACCUGAAGCUCAGCUGGCGAUGGAUCGCAAGUGGCAUUGGCAGCAACCAGAAUAAGGUGAAGGGCAUAAUUGACAUGGACCUUGCUGCUGGCCCCGCUGGGGGUGACGCUGUUGGGAUCAAGACCGUCUACUCCGAGUUCAAUACCGCCGCAUGGCUGCUGAACUAUGGUGUCCAGUGCAAGACGCCUCCACAGCACAUCAUCGACGGCAUCUCCGUUCAGACCCAUCUCGACUUCUACAAUGGGCGCAUUCAAGAAGCUCCCCAGGCACCACCCGUAUGGACGGCAACACCUGAGUCACUAGUGAAGGACACGAAAGAGAUCAUCGCAAAGUCAAAGAAGAUAUCAGAUGACAUUGUUGCGCAGCUGUCGGAGAAGGACGCCACAUUCAAGAAUAUUCUGCUCCCUCAGGCUUGGGACGAGAACCAGCAGGCGCUGGAGACACACAGCAUUGGCUUCUACCAGUCCGUCUCAACAGAUCAGAAGCUUCGAGAUGCAUCAACCGAGGCCGAGAAACUGCUUGACGAGGCGUACAUUGAGGCCGGCAUGCGGGAAGAUGUGUUCAAGCUGGUGGAUGCAGUGCUCAAGAAGGGGGACAAGCUUGACCCCGAAUCACAGCGGCUACUGGAGAAGGAGCACAAGGGAUACAUUCGCAACGGUCUCGGGCUUCCUGCAGGUCCUAAGCGAGAUCGGUACAAGGAGAUCAAGAAGCGGUUAUCGGAGCUAGGUAUUGCUUUCUCCAAGAACCUCAACGAGGAGAAGGGCGGAAACUGGUUCACCAAGCAGGAGCUUGCUGGCCUGCCGGAGGAUGUCCUGUCCCUGCUGAAGUCUGAGGGCGACAAGUAUUUCCUCACCUACAAGUACCCAGACCUCUUCCCGGCUCUGAAGUACUGCACGAAUGCUGAGGUCCGGCACAAGAUCUUCAUCGGCAACGAGAACAAAUGCAACCAGAACGUACCUCUCUUCAAAGAAGCCAUCCUGCUUCGGGACGAGGCUGCCAGACUACUCGGCUACCCAAAUCACGCUGCUUUCAGAAUCGAGGACAAGAUGGCCAAAACACCCAAGACGGUCGAUGAUUUCCUGGCGGACUUGCGGUCAAGACUUGCCGAUGGCGGUUUGGAAGAGAUCGAGGUGCUCAAGAAGAUGAAGAAGGAGGAUGUAGAGUCCAAGGGCGAAAAGUUUGACGGCCACUACUUCCUGUGGGAUCAUCGGUUCUACGAUCGACUGAUGGAGGAGCGAGACUAUCAGCUCGACCAGCAGCUCAUAUCGGAAUACUUCCCUCUGCAGACAUCGAUCAAGGGCAUGUUGGAGAUCUUCGAGCAAUUGUUCGGCCUGGAAUUUGUGGAGGUCGUGGGCAAGGAUCGGGACGCAAUCUCACCAUCUGGCAAAGGCGACGACAUCGUUUGGCAUCCAGAAGUCCAGGUCUUCAGCGUCUGGGACGAUGAAGGCGAGGGCUCUCAAUUCGUGGGCUACCUGUACCUGGAUCUCUUCCCCCGCGAAGGCAAGUACGGCCACGCCGCCAACUUCAACAUUCAACCUGGCUUCAUCACUGAGAACGGCACUCGACGGUAUCCUGCCACAGCACUGGUCUGCAACUUCUCCAAACCCACUGCAAAGAAGCCUAGCUUACUCAAGCACGACGAAGUCACCACUCUCUUCCACGAACUAGGCCACGGCAUCCACGAUCUGGUAUCCCGCACCACGUACUCUCGCUUCCAUGGCACGAACACUGUGAGAGACUUUGUCGAAGCGCCUUCACAGAUGCUCGAGAACUGGUGCUGGACGCCUUCCCAGCUGAAGACCCUAAGCCGCCACUAUUCAAGCCUCUCCGACGAAUACUACGAAUCCUGGAAAGCUGCAUCGUCAAACCACACCAGCAAGCCCGAGGAGCAUCUGCCAGACGACCUGAUUCAGAAGCUGAUCAAGACCAAGAACAUGAAUGGUGCGCUUUUCAACUUGCGACAGCUGCAUUUCGGCACGUUCGAUAUGGCUAUUCACGAGCCCAAGGAUCAUGCUACGCUCGAGAAGACGGAUGUCACUGAGCUCUACAACUCGUUGCGUCACGAUAUCAGCAAGAUCGAAGGACCAGAAGCGCUUGGCAAGGGAAACAAUUGGGGGAACGGAGAAGCUACGUUUGGCCAUCUCAUGGGUGGUUAUGAUGCUGGCUACUACGGAUACCUCUCUUCCCAAGUCUACAGCACAGACAUGUUCUACUCCGUCUUCAAGAAAGAUCCCAUGAAUCCCAAAGAAGGCCGACGGUACCGCUACACAGUCCUCGAGAAGGGCGGCAGUCAGGACGAGAUGAAGACCCUGAUCGAGUUCUUGGGCCGAGAGCCAGAUACGGAGCCGUUCUACGAUGAUUUGGGGAUCGGGAAGGGCACGCAGAGUGGUGCGGCGGCUACGGCGAGUCUCUAG